GCUCCCUACUCUUCCACCGAGGCUCAAAUUUGAAUUAUCAUUUUUUUCAUUCUUAUUUUCAUUGUCUGUUCCGUCGCAAGUGUGGAGGUGAAGUAUUUUGGGGGAUAAUAAAAAAAAACAAGAAAAACAAAAGAGGUUAUUGCAUCGUUCGUUUCUGACAAGCAUCACGAUCAAGGUCAUUGUUAGAGAUGAGGCAGUGGUCACCAGAAUACAAACAGGUGGGUGUCUGUGAGAGAUUUAUUGUUUGCAGUGAUUUACAUUGUGCAAGUUGCGUGGAAAGAUUACUAUAAGAUAACAGUUAACAAGUCCCUUGCCUUUUUAGACUCUUUUCCCAGUCACCAGCAUUUUUAAUUGUCUUGUAUUCGUUUUUUUUAUAGUCAAUAUCUGUUUCUUAACAAAUCCGCUAUGCUUACUUAUAUUUCAUUCCUAGUUUAACAAUUACGUCUUGCCCGCAAAAGUACGUAUCAGUGUUUGUUGUAGUGUCAGAAGCCCAAAGGCGCUGAACAGCUGUGGGUUGAGCAUGUUGCAUGUUUUGCAUGCUGGAAAUAGCGGAUUGAAAUAGGUUUUGGAUUUUAAAAUGGGGACUUGGUUUUAGUGAAAUGUGGCUUUGAUUAGUUCCAUGCGUUUGAUUCUAAAAUCUUUGAAUAUAGCAUAUGCGUGCCAUCUUUACACAAAAUGAACCUGUCUUGUGUGAAAUGUUUAGUUUGCUACAGGUGUACCGCACGUAUCAGUGCAUGCUUACAUGGGUGUUUGGUUGUGUGGGCAUGUAUGAGUGAGAGCGAACGUGUAAACCUUUUACGCAUGGGUAAAUGUGUGCAAGACUGUUAUUAUGAAUGUAUGAGUCAAAUUAUAUAUCUAUUACGCAUGCUUAUAUGCAGUUAUAGCAAUUCAUCGUAUUUAAGCAGAUUUAAGCAGAAGUUAUUGAUUCUAAAUUAUAUAAAAGACUGUCACACUAUCCGCAUUCACCUUCCAUGAAUAACAAAUAGCACGAUUUGUUUACCAAAGAAGUGAAUGUGGCUCCAAAUAAUCAUGAAUCUUAGUCCAAGAUCAUGAACGGACUAGGUAAAGAGUGCAUGCAAAUGGAAAGAAAAAAAAUAUCUUAUUCAUAGUCCACGCUAAUUCUUAAUCUUAAUCCAAAAUAAUAAGUGGACUAGGUAAAAACUGCAUGAAAAUGGAGAAAAAAAAAUUAUCUUAUUCUUAGUCCACGAUAAUUUUUAAUCUUCACCCAAGAUAAUAAGUGGACUAGGUAAUGACUGCAUGAAAAUGGAGAAAAGAAUAGAUAAAAAAAGAGAAGAAUCACUUAAAAAAUAUAUACUGAGCGAAUGUGAGCUAAAUGGAUGACAGCUCUAACUAGGGAUAAGUACAGCUGAUGAUGACUUUCUAGUUUCAGUGGGUCGUGCACCUAGCGGUUCCUGAAGGCAGAAAUGGUGCCCGCUUCGGUAUCUGUUCUCACCUACACUGUCGUCAGCGGUGGGCGUGGCUAUGGUGGGCGUGGUUCUAGGAGUCGUCAUCGCCUUCCCAGCGCUCGCCCUUGAUGCCUGGCGCCUCGAGGGGGACGUCACACUCAACGAAGUCGAGGCUGGAUGGUUCGUCAGCGUGGCUCAGACAGUGUCGGUGGCAGGAUCCAUCGCAGGAGGGGUUCUGAACGACGUCCUCGGCCCCAGGAAGCUCUUGCUGGCUGUCCUGCCUCUCCUCGCUAGUACUUGGCCGGUCUUCUUGGCCUGCGUGCACAACCUGCCUCUUCUCCUGACGGUUCGGGUUCUUCAGGGCCUGCUGUGCUCGGCGGCCACCGCGAGCGUCUACAUCUACCCGUGCGAGGUGACAGAGGCAAGGCGGCGCGGCGCCGUGGGCGUGCUCCCCGACGCGGCCUUCUCGCUCGGCUUCAUGCUCACGUACUUCCUGGCCGCCAUCCUGCACUGGUCGACCGUCAUCGUCAUCAUGCCACUGUUCUUCCUUCCUUGCGUCGUGACUGUGUUCCUGGUGCCAGAGUCGCCGUCGUGGCUGCUGCAGCGCGGGAGGAUGGAGGAGGCGCGGGCCAUCCUUCGACAGCUGCGGGCUCAGGACGUCAACGUGGACAAGGAGCUCCUGGGCAUGGGCCCCCUGGACGAGUGCGGCGGCGGCGCGUCCGUGGUGAGGCAGCCUCGCCUCCUGCUGCCGGUCCUCGCGUCCAUCUUCCUCAUGGUGCUCAAGGAGGCCACGGGGCAGAUCGUCGUCGUCCUCUUCGUCGUCCACAUCUUCCGCAAGGUCGACGUGGGGAUCCUGCCGCACGUGAGCUCCAUGCUGGUGGGCGCCGCUCGCCUCGUCGCCAACGUCGCCUGCUCCUUCCUGGUGGGCCGCCUGCCUCGCCGAACCCUGCUCAUCUCGGCGUCUCUAGCGGCUAGCGUCACCAUCGCCAUUCUCGGAGGCUAUUUCUUCCGGCAGGACUCGCAAGCGUGGCCGGACUGGGUCCCCCUGGCUUGCCUGAGCGUGUUCGUGGUGGCCUACGGCGCUGGCAUAGGCCCCGUGACCUGCCUGAUGUCGACCGAGCUGUUGCCUGGCGCGGUGCGGGGGUUGGGGAGCGGCCUCGCCGGCUCCGCUCUCAACGCCUCGCAGUUCACGCUGACCUUCGCGGCGACGCAGGCCGGCUCGGGCUUCUAUAUCUGCCUCUGGAGUUACGCGGCGGGAAGCGCUUGCCUGGCCGCGUUCGCCCUCCUGCUUCCCGAGACGAGGAACAAGUCCCUGCGACAGAUCGAGGAGUACUGGGCGGACGUCUCAGAGAACAUAACGGGCAAGCGGUGGUGCCUCUGCCUCAGAAGAGGGGCGCCCGAUGACUGCGAGGCGAACACCAAGAGCAAGCCCAGAAAUACCGACUCCGAGUUAGUCAGAACCGUCUGAGUCUCUCCUGCAGACGGCUCGCAACGGCCACGUGGCCUCGUGCGUUCAUGGAUGGACUAUUGGCACUUUGGCGGUGGACGACUGGGUGGUGCCGCUCAGUAGGUUUCACACGAAAGUUUUCGUUCGUCAAGUUAGACUAAAGAGUUCUUAUCUUGUGUUAAAUCAACAUGAAAGGAAAGCGAUAUUCUUAGGCAAUCAAAAUUCUUGUUUGUGGAAUUUACAGCGCAUUUACACACCGAUACUACAAGACAGGUGUCCCAUCCAAGCCAAUUUACGUACGACCUGUGAUAGGGUCUUGGGAACACCUGACCCAGCCUGCGGUCAGAGGGCGUUCUGGUCGACGUGAUAAGGCCAGAAGGGACAGGAGAUACUUCACAUUUGCAUCUGGCCCUGGCUACGGAGGCUUAAUACUGAAUAUCUGAAACUCCACUUUCAGAUCUUACGGGUAGCAUCGCAUUAUCUUCUCUUUGUGAAUGAACCUCACAGUUCUCCAUAUCACGCAUAGUCAUCGUGCAUAACAUUCAUAACAGUCACUGCCUGUUCACUCGCUUGUGAUUCAUUCAACAUGAACAUAGAAAGCAAAUGCAUUGCUGUUUGUGUUUGUUCGUUCGUUCUUAUCAUUCCGCAAUGCAUAUAGGUCAUUUUUUUCAAUACAGACGUGUAACCAUUCCAUUUUUGUAUUUGUGUUAAUAAAACCAGUAAAACAACCUGUGAUCCUGACAGACUCCCUAAAUGUGAAAAAAAUCUCAAGUUAUCACAGCAAAAUAAAACACAAAAUAGCAAUGAAUACUUAAUAAUUUACGAUACAAACGUCUUCAAAAAGCCAUGGAUUUCCAAGCUGAUAUCAUGAAAAGUUGUCUCCUCUUUAGUUUAUCAUC